AUGAGCACAUGGAAUGCAAAACGGUGCAACAAAAGCUUUCAGAAUAGUAGAAGUAUUGCAGCCACAGUCUGUUGAGAACAAUUAAACUAUACUUGAUAAAUCUACUAAGCUGGGAGACUUGGAAAUGGCUAGUGGACGAGGAGCAGAGGAGCUGUGUGAGUACAUCAACAUCAAGAGUGCUAAAGUGUCAGACAAAGAUGAUGCAGCAUCAUCCGAGCAAGCUGCUACCAAUGGAAAGAUAUUCAGGCAUUGGACGAACCUAUGGGUGGUCCUUCACGCUGAAAAGUCUCCAUCAUUUUGCUUCAUUGGCCACUGCAAGAAAGAAACCGACUGGCUAGCAAACAACAAAAUUGAGAAGGUCUUUCUUGGAGAAGCUUUCGAAGUGAAGAAAAUGGAAACUGGCUACUCGAGAAAGUUUGAGCCCAUACUGCAAGUGGCGUUCAAGUCUUAUCGAAUAGACCUUGCUUUUGACUCCAUAACAAAGAUGGAGGUCUGGUACAAAGCUCUGGAGGCUAUUAACAGCUGUUACCACGUGGACCUGGUGCGCUGCCCCCAACACUCUGAGCUUGAGGGAGAGUACGUUGUGGAGGUUGGGACGUCUAGUUUCACUGCUCACACCUUCUAUCCUGACAGAGAGGGACAGAUGAGGUGGGAGUGGAAGUUGAAGCAUCUUCGGAGAGUCCAUUGGCACAAGAACGUCCAAAAACUGGAGGUGGAGCCAGGCCGGAGCUCGGAAACAGGAGAGGGUCAUUUCUUCUUCACUGGAUUACAUGCCUCCAGAUUAUUCUCAGUCAUGCGUUACUUGAUGACUCAUCGCUCAUCAUCCGCCCCCACAAGUGCAAACUCCUCCCCUCUCCUAUCACCAACAGACCAGCGCAGGAGAUCAGAUCAUCAGUCCCCUCUCAUGCAUUCUGUUCAGACGAACCCAAUGUAUCAUCGCGUCGAGCGUACGGCAGAGAGCGAAGAAGAUUGGACGGGGGGAACGGGGGACAGUAGCUGGACCGGGACUUCAGAUAGCGGGUUUUUUGUAGGCUCAAACGUUACCCAAUCACAAGACGGGCGUAAUCACUUCAUACUACCGUCAGGCCCACCCCCACCACUUCCAACACGAAGCACUCCUCUCGUGACCACCAGUCACUAUACGGAUAUCAACCUCCAGACAAUGGAUCCCGAUAGUCAGUAUGUGCGUAUAACAAAAGAUGGCCAUGUUUACGAUGUUCCUAACUGCGAUAAAUCAGCCACGCUCAAAAACACACAAAGUACGUAUCAAGUACCUCGUCGACAUCUUCCGACAAGCAACAGUCAAAAUGGCAUCUCGAGACUAUCGACUACGGACGAUUAUUGUCAAAUGAACUCAGUGAGUAUCAGUAGAGAUAUUAAACGCAAUGGCUCCCUCCCGAUGGCAAGACCCCCUCUCGUGCCCCCCCACCAGAAAGGUGUUGGACCCCCCACAGCCUGGGCAGACUCUCCCUCUAGCUAUCAAACUAAUCACUAAGUAUAGUAUAUUUUGAAUGUUUAUUUUUAUGGGCCUGCACUUUUCUAAAUUGCAUGUGUGUAUUAUCUUGCAGUUGUGUUAACAUGA